CAGACCCUCACCAGAGACAGGGCGUUUGAGAGCACCCUUAAGUCCUGGGAGGACAAACAGAAGUGUGAGUUUCUCCGGACCCCCCCUCCUCAGCACCCUCAGCCCCCCCUCUCCUCCCAGCCAGAAAUUGUCUCUGAAGAUGAGGCGUCGCUCAUCAGUGAGUUCGGUCAGGCAGCAGGAGCUCUGAUACACAGUAUUCGUGAAGUUGCUCAGUCUCACCACAGUCUGGAACAGGAACUUGCUCACGCUGUCAACGCCAGCUCAAAGGCCAUGGACGUGGUCUACGCCAACUCCAACAACUCUGGGGCUCUGUGCUGCAGCGUGGUCCUUCAGAUGGUCAUUAACGUCAAAGCUUUACUCAGUGAGACUGAACUGCUGCUGGCUGGAAACAUGUCCAUGCAGCUGGAUCCUCCUCAGCAAGACCAGUUGAAUGCAGCUCUGAGCUCGGUGGCUCAGCAGCUCCAUCAGCUGGCUGAUGUUUCCUGGUUGAGUCCGGUGAUCGACCCGUCAGACCACGAGGAUCCUCUGACAGAUUUCUCCAAACGCAGCCGGAGCGCAAAGUUUCGUCUUGUCCCCAAGUUAAAAAAAGACAAAAACAACAAGAACAAGGAGACCUGCAGUCCUCUGUCUCUACCAGUUCACCAGUGGGGGACGGAGGAGGUGGGGGCGUGGCUGGACUUUCUGUGUCUCACUGAGUAUCAGGACAUCUUCAUGGGACACGACGUCCGCGGGGCCGAACUCAUCCACCUGGAGAGGAGGGACCUGAAGGACCUCGGGGUGACGAAGGUGGGUCACAUGAAGAGAAUCCUUCAGGGAAUCCGUGAGCUCAAUAGGAACAGCAGCGCCAGCGAGGCCUGAGUACUGCCAGGUGGGUAAGGGUUCAAAUCCCAAUGAUGUCUUUAUUAUUAUUAUUAGGGUUCAAAUCCCAAUGAUGUUUUUAUUAUUAGGGUUCAAAACCCAAUGAUGUUUUUAUUAUUAUUAGGUUUCAAACCCCACUGAUGUUAUAUUAUUAGGUUUCAAACCCCACUGAUGUUUUUAUUAUUAGGGUUCAAACCCCACUGAUGAUUUUAUUAUUAGGAUUCAAACCCCACUGAUGUUUUUAUUAUUAGGGUUCAAACCC